CAGUUACGUCAUUUUGUUUGGAUCGGUCUCAGGAAGAGAAAUCUGCAACAUCAGUCGGUCAAUGUUCGGUUCAGCACCCUGCGUACUGGAUACAAGACACGAAAUUAAUCACAUCGUAAUAGGAGGGCUGUGUCUGGUAAGCGUGGCAGGGGGAGUUGCUGACCUUCAUGCUGAGAGGUCACGGAGGAGAAGACCCAUGGAUGAUGGUCAGUGUGAGAGGGAGGGGCCAGUGUUGUCUGAGGGUGGGGUUGACCUCCACCGCAACCAAUCAGACCCCUCGGAACCAAAUCAGAACCAAAACCAGAACCGGACGCAGACUCAACUAGAGGAUGGUCAGAGGGUUGGACGAGACUUCAUCCAACAGAACUCUUUAAACAACAAUGUGGAGGAAGAGGAGGAGGAAGGUAGAACGGUGAAGGGAGAGGAAGACGGGGAUGAGGAUGAUGUGAUUGUGGAAGAAGAGGAGGAGGACAGCAGCGUGACUCACGGCCAAUCACCCGACACUCCUAUGACUGACUGUUCCUUCUCAGACACAGGCAGUCCGGUAGCGCUCCGGCCCUCUGUGUCUCCAGAGACUACAGAUCCCAUCAGCUCCCAAGCAACAAGUCCAGACGAACCCUGCUACAGUGACCCUGCGGGCGAGACACACACCUCCACCACAGGACCCACUACCUCCAGUUCAGAACCUACCACCUCAAGCCCCACCUGCACCACAGGACCUACCACCUCCACCACUGGCCCCACCUGCACCACAGAACCUACCACCUCCACCACAAGCCCCACCUGCACCACAGAACCUACCACCACCACCACAAGCCCCACUUGCACCACCGGGCCUACCACCUCCACCACAAGCCCCACCUGCACCACCGGGCCUACCACCUCCACCACAGGCCCCACCUGCACCACAGGACCCACCAUUUCCACCCCAGGCCCCACCACAGGCCCCACCUGCACCACAGGACCUACCACCUGCACCACAGGACCUACCACCUGCACCACAGGCCCCACCUGCACCACAGGACCCACCAUUUCUACCACAGGACCUACCACAGGCCCCACCUGCACCACAGGACCUACCACCUGCACCACAGGACCUACCACCUGCACCACUGCAGAGCCUAGCCCUGCCCUCCUGGCCACCUUAAAGGAGUUAGGGGAACGGGGAGAUCACUCCCACCUGCCUCAGUACCUCCAUCAGGUAGCCGAGGCCUUUGUCCUCCAGGAAGAUUAUGAGCGAGCAGUGUGGUGUGUUCAGCUAGAGAGACUCUACCACCAGCGACUACUAAACAACCUGACAGCACUGCAGGAACAGUGGGAGAGGCGAUGCAGGGCAGACGGGCGGGGGGAGAGGAACAAUGACACUGACCUGACUGCACAGCAGCUGGACAUACUCACACACAUCUGCACGACACACCAACGACCCAGUCCUGGAGAAGAGAAGACUGUGGACUCUGUGCUGGAGAGUCCUGUUCGUGGUGAGGACAGACUGCCUGCAUGCCGCUCAGUUCGGUUAUUUGAGUGUUUGUUGGGGAUGGAGGAGGACCAGAGAGGAACAGACUCCACCCUCUCCCAGAGCAUCAAUCCAAUAAAAUCAGCUGGAGCCCUGAAGGACAGCCUCAGCUCCAAUGACUGUGCAGCUCUGGGUGUGGCACAGGACUGCAGAGACUCCCAGGGGAUUGGGAGGGCUGAAUUCGCAGACUCUCGGAGCGAGGGAACGGGUCAGCAGACGGAGAGUGAGAUGGAACACACCACUCAGGAGGGUUGCACUACGCCGGACCGCCCUACGGAUGGGGAAAUGAGCCAACCCAAGCAUGAGGAGCAGCAGGGAGGAGAGGAAAAACAGGAGGAGGUGGAAGAGGCAGAGGAGGCCUUGGCAUUAGAGGAAGAGGAGAAAGAGGAGAAGAGAGAUGGUGUUGAUUGUUUAAAAGCUCCUCUAGAGGAGAUCUCAGCCUUAGCAGUGAAGGAGCAGCUCACACUGGAGGAGGCCCAGCUGAGUGAGGAGAUCUCAGCCUUAGCAGUGAAGGAGCAGCUCACACUGGAGGCCCAGCUGCGCGAGGAGGCCCAGCUGCGCGAGGAGGCCCAGCUGCGCGAGGAGGCCCAGCUGCGCGAGGAGGCCCAGCUGCGCGAGGAGGCCCAGCUGCGCGAGGAGGCCCAGCUGCGCGAGGAGGAGUAUGAUAUGUUUGGAGUGGACAUGGUGGAGACUAUCAGAGACCGGGUGGCUUCUCUGGACGACCUGGCCAAACGCAUUACAGUGGAGGAGAUGACCCCUGUCCCUGGCCUUGUGUCCAUCCUAAAAAGGAGGAGUGUGUGUGUGGAGGAUGUGUGUGUGGCUCCCUUCUCGGCCCCACUCAAACACAAACACCCUGCUAAACGCAGGGUCCGCUUCAAAGUACCCGACGAUGGCUUUGACCAUGACGAGGUGGGCGGAGACUCCUGCCUGCUCCUCUUCCUGCUUUGCCUGGUCACCGUGGUGAUCAGCCUGGGAGGCACCGCCCUCUACUGUGCCCUGGGCGACGCCCAGUCCACUGUCUGCACCGACUUCUCCCGUAACGCUGACUUCUACCUCGCACAGCUGCAUCGUGGGAUGGAUCAGCUCCAAAACUGGCUAACCCCCGCGUCUUAGCUGACCCCCAAGAGGGGAGGAGAAGAGAAAUAGGGGGAGGGAAGGAAAGGAGAGGGGGAGGAGAAGGGGACAGAGGAGGAAAACUCCCUCGUUUUGCAGAGUGGAUACUCGCCUCUCUUUAUGUCCUGCCCUGUUUUAAUCUUUCUCUCUCUCUCUCUCUCUCUCUCUCUCUCUCUCUCUCUCUCUCUCUUUCUCUCUUUCUCUCUUUCUCUCUCUUUCUCUCUCUUUCUCUCUCUCUCUCUCUUUCUCUCUCUUUCUCUCUCUUUCUCUCUCUCUCUCUCUCUCUCUCUGUCAGUCUUUCUGUCUUUACUGGCUGGCCAGUUAGUGUGUUUGUGUGGCGGGAGAGAGUGAUUGAACGAUGUGUGUGUCUGUGUGGUACUGGUAGGCUGCAUCCACACUAAAAGUUCCCUAAGACAUCUGCAGUGCUGCCUAGUAGGACUGACCUAGGACCUGUAGUAUACUGGACCACCCAUAGACGUCAAAUGUACAAUACUGGACGUGGACUGACUCGAAGUCAGCCCAGAGGAAUGGAUAAUAUUCAUUACCACUGACCUUGAACCUGCUCACUACUACAUGGACCUGUCCUCUGGGUCCUUCGGGCAUGGAGAGAACUGCUCACCUGCGCAGACAGGAAGUGCUUGUGUAGCCAUUUCAGAAACCGGCACAGCUCUUUGUUUACUGCCGCCAUUUUUAAUCUCAUCUACACCUCAAAAAUAUGAACAAUUCUGCUGUGGUCAGAAACAUUAAAUAAUGUCUUUAAAAUAAUCUUCUAAUAAUGAAUGUUUUGUUGUAAUGAAACAGAUUUGACUUUCCUUUACGUUCCUCACUAUUGAGUAUUUUUUAUGUUGUAGGUAGGGUGUUUCUUUGGGCUGAGGAUAGAAGUUUCCCCGAAUCACAGAUCUAAGAUCAUAUCUUAACCGCAUCCUCAAGCAGGAGGGGGAUGAAAUAUCUGACCCUGUAUCAGUGGAUAGGGGAAUCUGCUACCCCUUCUGUUUAUUGGGUUGUUUUGGGGUACAGAUAGUUCAGCCUGAUUGUAGCGUUGGCCCCUUGAUGACCCUUAGUGUGUGUCAGACAGAGAUAUAUGCAACACGGACAAGAAAGCAAUACAUGUCUGUAAUCAUGUGCGUUAAAGAAUGUUAUUUUAUUUAUUUCGUUCUUAAAAAAAAAAAAAAAAGUAAACCCUUUUCCUCCCCAAUGUCAUGGUAUCCAAUUGGUAGUUACAGUCUUGUUUCAUCGCUACAACUCCCGUACGAACUCGGGAGAGGCGAAGGCCGAGAGUCCUCUGAAACACAAUCAAACCAACCCGGAUGCCAGCCGCACCAAUGUGUCGGAGGAAACACAGUGCACCUGCCGACUGUGUCAGCCUGCACUACACCCGGCCUGCCACGGGAGUCGCUAGUGCGCGAUGGGACAAGGACAUCCCUGCCGACUGUGUCAGCGUGCACUACACCCGGCCUGCCACGGGAGUCGCUAGUGCGCGAUGGGACAAGGACAUCCCUGCCGACUGUGUCAGCGUGCACUACACCCGGCCUGCCACGGGGAGUCGCUAGUGCGCGAUGGGACAAGGACAUCCCUGCCGGCCAAACCCUCCCCUAACCCGGACGACGCUGAGGCAAUUGUGCGCCGGCUGCGACAGAACCUGGACUCGAACCCAGAAUCUCUAGAGGCACAGCUAGCACUGCAGUGCCUUAGACCACUGCACCACUCCGGAGGCUCAGGCAUGUCUAUAUAUUUAUCUUUAUUGUCAAAUAAUUAUGGGCAUCAUCAUGGGAUUGUCAUGAUCAGUCUUACUACAGUUCAUUACCUCCUGCGAUCAAUGGACUCAAUUGAUUUUUUUUUUUACAUGUACAUUUUUUAUUUGUGCUUUUUUUCUUCUUUUUUGGACUUCUAGUCUAUUUAAUAAAUGAGCUGGUACAUUUUUUUUGUGACAGUUGGUGGAAAUGCACAAAGUCAGCGUGUCUUAGUUUCGUUAUGAAAAGUUCUGUAGACGUGGAUGAUUUGAUGGCGCAGGCUGGGCAGUGACUCUCAGGCUACAUCCCAAAUGUCUAGUGCCUUCCUCUCCUUGUCUACUCUCCUUCCACUCCUCCCUCUUCUCACCUACUCUCCUUCCUCUCCUCGUCUACUCUCCUCCCUCUCCUCGUCUACUCCCUCUCCUCGUCUACUCUCCUCCCUCUCCUCGUCUACUCUCCUCCCUCUCCUCGUCUACUCUCCUCCCUCUCAUCGUCUACUCUCCUUCCUCUCCUCGUCUACUCUCCUCCCUCUCCUCGUCUACUCUCCUCCCUCUCCUCGUCUACUCUCCUCCCUCUCCUCGUCUACUCCCUCUCCUCGUCUACUCUCCUCCCACUCCCCGUUGACCCUCCUCCCUCACCUCGUUUACUCUGAUCUGAAAACACAAGACCGGUGAAACCAACAGCAAAAUAUAAUCAUAUUCAGAUCUGUUGUAAAAUGCACAAUAAACUGUAGAUUCAUUAAUUAGCUUGGAAGAAUGCCAGGAGAUUGACUUUAGUCUCUUUUACUUUCAUAGGUGUGCAGAUGGAGUGGAGACAAGGACAGGAAGCCACUGUAGACUAUUGAGAUGCAGCCUUGUUUUAAUUCAUAGGUGUGCAGAUGGAGUGGAGACAAGGACAGGAAGCCACUGUAGACUAUUGAGAUGCAGCCUUGUUUUAAUUCAUAGGUGUGCAGAUGGAGUGGAGACAAGGACAGGAAGCCACUGUAGACUAUUGAGAUGCAGCCUUGUUUUAAUUCAUAGGUGUGUAGAUGGAGUGGAGACGAGGACAGGAAGCCACUGUAGACUAUUGAGAUGCAGCCUUGUUUUAAUUCAUAGGUGUGUAGAUGGAGUGGAGACGAGGACAGGAAGCCACUGUAGACUAUUGAGAUGCAGCCUUGUUUUAAUUUUAUUUUCACUCGUCCUCUGGCUGGUUCAGAUGACUAUCUUACUUUUGGAAUCUGAAGUAUUUAUAUAUCUGCACAAUGUAGGGGGAGAGAAAACAAACGAUCAAAUCUAAUCUUUAUGUGCAUGUCUUUUUCUGUUGUUUCUCUAGUUUUGGCUUGUUGUGGGUAUUGUAGAUUCAUUUUUUCAUGUUUGUCAUCGUGGUUUAGAUCUGUCUUUACAGUCUGGAGGGAUUACUGUGUGGUGGGUACUUUUAAACACCUGUUUCUCUCUGAUAAUAAUAAACCUGAUUCUGGGGA